CGCGGAGGCCACAGCGCGCGGGCGGGGCGGGCCUAGCGAGGCCUGGGGGCUGGGCGGUGGGCCAGCCCUGAAGAGGGCCGGCGGUACGGGACUGCGUCCCGAGGAGGCGGCACUAGCGGCCUCUUCCCAUUUCCUUUCCUUUCUCCCGUCUUCUCAGUGUGGUUUUCUUGGGCUAAAGCCAGUUUUUAGGUUGGCUUGGGCAGAACAGUGAAAAGAGAAUGCUCCACUUGAACCGAUGUCAGCAUCUGAAACAAAUAACUCAGAAAUGUUUUCCUAGUAUGCAUGUUAAAAUGGAUAAACAUGCACAGCUAUUUCUUUCAAGACCCUUUGCACUUGCAGAAUUAAGGAAGUCGUGGCGCUCAAUCUCCUCUCUCAUGGGAGACAAAAAUAUUGUCCUGAUGGGACCACCCGGUGCUGGGAAAACAACAGUAGGCAGAAUAAUAGGUCAGAAACUAGGUUGUUGUGUCAUAGAUGUGGAUGAUGAUAUCCUUGAAAAAACCUGGAAUAUGAGUGUAUCUGAAAAAUUACAGGAUGUUGGUAAUGAACAGUUUUUAGAAGAGGAAGGAAAAGCUGUGUUAAACUUGUCUGCAUCUGGAAGUGUGAUUUCCCUUACUGGGUCCAAUCCAAUGCAUGAUGGUAGCAUGUGGCAUCUAAAGAAAAAUGGAAUAAUUGUAUAUCUGGAUGUACCGCUAAUAGAUAUAGUUAGUCGUCUAAAAUUAAUGAAAAUAGAUAGGAUUGUGGGUCAGAAUUCUGGAACAUCUAUGAAAGACCUACUUAAAUUUAGAAGACAGUAUUAUAAGAAGUGGUACGAUACUCGUGUGUUUUGUGAAAGUGGGGCUUCCCCAGAGGAGGUAGCUGACAAAGUGCUGAAUGCAGUUAAGAGAUACCAAGACGUGGACUCAGAAACAUUCAUUUCCACAAGGCACAUUUGGCCUAAAGACUGUGAACAGAAGGUUCCAACAAAAUUCUUUAGUGAUGCUGUGAUUGAGGGGUUAGCUUCUGAUGGUGGACUUUUUGUUCCUGAAAAGGAGUUUCCAAAAUUAAACUGGAGGGAGUGGAAAAGCCUUGUAGGAGCAACUUACAUAGAAAGAGCACAAAUACUCUUGGAAAAAUGCAUACACCCUGCUGACAUACCUCCUGCCAAGUUGGGAGAAAUGAUUGAAACUGCUUAUGGGGAAAACUUUGCCUGCUCAAAAAUUGCCCCUGUCAGGCACCUGUCAGGCAACCAGUUCAUCCUGGAGUUGUUUCAUGGACCAACAGGAUCAUUUAAAGAUCUGUCUUUACAGCUUAUGCCUCAUAUUUUUGCACAUUGCAUUCCACCAAGUUGCAAUUACAUGAUACUUGUGGCCACCUCAGGAGACACAGGGAGUGCAGUCUUAAAUGGCUUUAGUCGUCUUAAUAACAAUGAUAAGCAAAGAAUAGCUGUGGCCACAUUUUUUCCUGAGAAUGGAGUAAGUGAAUUUCAGAAAGCACAAAUGAUUGGCAAUCAGCAAGAAAAUGGAUGGGCUGUAGGUGUCAAGUCAGAUUUUGAUUUUUGCCAGACAUCUAUAAAGAGAAUCUUUAAAGAUUCCGAAUUUACUGGCUUUCUUACUGUGGAAUAUGGAACUGUCUUAAGUUCAGCUAAUUCCAUAAACUGGGGCCGACUGCUUCCCCAAGUAGUUUAUCAUGCUUCUGCAUACCUUGAUCUCGUUAGCCAAGGAUUUAUUUCUUUUGGAAGCCCAGUUGAUGUCUGUAUUCCCACAGGAAACUUUGGUAACAUUUUAGCAGCGGUGUAUGCCAAAAUGAUGGGAAUCCCUAUUCGAAAAUUUAUUUGUGCUUCUAAUCAGAACCAUGUUUUGACUGAUUUUAUAAAAACAGGACAUUAUGAUCUAAGAGAAAGAAAAUUAGCACAAACCUUUUCACCAGCAAUAGAUAUUCUCAAAUCUUCAAACCUGGAACGCCAUUUACACUUGAUGGCUAAUAAGGAUGGACAAUUAAUGACAAGAUUAUUUAAUCAAUUAGAAGAGCAGCAUCACUUUCAGAUAGAAAAGAUCCUAGUUGAGAAACUUCAGCAGGACUUCGCAGCUGACUGGUGCUCUGAGGGAGAGUGCCUCGCAGCUAUCCACUCUACCUACAAUACUUCGGGGUAUAUUUUGGAUCCACACACUGCUGUUGCAAAAGUAGUUGCAGACAGAAGGCAAGACAAAACUUGCCCAGUUAUUGUCUCAUCGACAGCUCAUUACUCAAAGUUUGCACCUACUAUCAUGCAGGCUUUAAAGAUCAAAGAGAUCAACCAGACUUCAUCAAGUCAGGUUUAUCUGCUGAGUUCCUACAAUGCGUUACCUCCCCCACAUGCAGCUUUAUUAGAGAGGACGAAACAGCCAGAGAAGAUGGAGUACCAGGUCUGUGCCGCCGAUGUGAGUGUCCUGAAGAGUCAUGUGGAAAAACUGGUACAGAAUCAAUUCAUGUAAGUUUUCUUGAGUAAAAAUUUCUUUCUGGUGAUAAGCAUGCAAUAAUAAAUCGCAAAAGUUGAUGUGGA